CAUUCCACUGCGCAUGAUGAUUUGCACGGCUUAUAAAAGUGUCCCAGCAGGAGUGCUCCCACCCAAAUCCCUACACAUAGAGUAACCGGUCAGGAAUCCAGGAGUGAGGUGCCAUCAGCUGAACAGAGAGAGAGAUUGGAAAGAGAGAAAAAUAUCUGCUGCCAACAACAUUAUUCCAACAUGAUGAUCCUUUAUCUCCUUUUCAUUUUAUGGACACCUUUUCUCCUGCCAUGUGGAGGAGACAGCCCUCUCCAGGUGACUGCCUAUGUAGGGGAGACUGCCACACUGACACCAGAUCUCCCUUAUGAAUAUUAUAAAGUCUCAUGGACGACUUUUGUCAAGGGGAAAACAAUACUCGUGGCUGAAUGGUCUCAGAAGGAGUACAAUGAAAACCCUUAUUUCCAAAAUCGUCUGGAUGGAUAUGAAUUAACAUUAGAGAUCAGAGAUGUGAGACUCCAAGAUAGUGGCAUCUACACUGAGCUAAUCAUUUUUUUGGAGGAUGGAGAAGUGAGAGACUUUUCAUACAACCUGACCGUGUUGGAGUAUCCCCCUAUCCCUACACCAGUAAUAGAGACGACAUUAGAUGAGGAGUCCACUGAUCUCUGCCAUCUCCAUUGUUCUGUCCCAUCCAACUCCACAAACCUCCGCUAUAUUUGGAUUUACAGCGAUAAAGGCACUGUCACACUAUAUGCAAAUAGCAGCACAAUCAGCGUAUUACUGACGGAUAAGCCAAGGGGGGCACAAUUUCUCUGCUUGGUGCAAAAUCCUUCUUAUAGCAAUGGUAAAUUAGUCUUGUUAUAUCCAUGUGGGGAGUGAUAAACAGAAAUCAGUCAAAGGCAAGUAGGAUCAACAGCAUUACAAGGAAAUGCGGAUCAUCACUAUGUAGUAUUCUCAACCACAACUAACAUCUGCUAACUGAAUCAGACCCUAAUCCCAUUAUAAAUGCUGUGAGCCAGAAUUGAUGCGAUGCCCAUUAUGAAAGUGCCUGCUGCAACUUGCCUGUAAUUUAAAGGGGAUCUAUUGUGAAAAUGAAGAUUUAAUAUAAGCUUCAUCAUACUGAAAUAAGAAACUUUCUAAAUACAAUCAAUUAAAAAUUCUUUACUAUUUCUCUCCCUC